GUGCAUCUUGACAAGGAGACGGGGUCACCCUCGGGAGUACCACAGUACAUGUCUACUGUAGACUGUAGCAUUUUCGGCCCGCCGGUCCCAGAUGAGCUGGGCAUGGGCAGGAAGGAGCUGGGCAGAGGUGACCUCAUCACGGCCACAGCACAGCACCAGCCCCCGUCCAUCCGUCGUCAUCCCCCCACCCCUGUUUCGUUUCAACCCCAGGCCGGAUCCCAUCUCACCCAUUCAUUCAUUCACCAACCAUUCACCAUGCACCACCCUCGCAGGAUUCAAGAUUGACCUCUGGUGGUAAAAUAAGGUGUGGCUUGGGGUCACAGCCUGUCCUUCGCCACGGCCCGCCGCGAGACAGCCAGACCAGACCUGUCUCGGCAGGCGGCAGCUAAGGCAAAGCUUGCCUCCUCGACGACCUGACGGCCGCCCUCGUGGCAGGGACUGCCUUGUUGCAUUGGGCUGGACCACCACCAAAACAGCUGGUGUUUCCAACCCCAAAUCUCGCAUUACCGUUGUUAUCUCUUGCCGACUUUUGCUUUUUCUACCCUCCUUAACCCUCCUCCUAUGCCAACUCGUGCAUAUUCCUGUUUCUUUCUUGUUCUAAUCGUCAGCCAUGUCGUGACCACCCUCCCGGGUCUUUCUCCUCCCCCCCACUCCGUCUCACAAGGCUGAGACAUACCUCACCUUCUCAUCCAGGAUCCAGGACCGCGGGUCACCACCCCCACACCGCUUCUUUACUGUAGCACCUGGCCCUGACGACCCCCUCAAGUUACCCUGGAUCCAAAAACCAACAAUGCCUCGAUACCGCUCCCCAUCGCGGACCCCGUCACCGUCCCGCUCGCCCUCGAGGGGCAGGACAACCUCCAGGCCCCGCUCAUCACGCUCCCGCAACAGGAGCAAGAGCACCUACUCAGACGGCGUGUACAGCACGACCUCGUACUCGUCCCGGUCGCGGUCGCGGUCGAGGUCGAGGUCCUACUCCCGCUCCCCCACGCGGUCCACCCGCUCCCGCCGCACAGAUGUGACCUCGUCCUCGCGCCAGACAGGCACCACCAGGCGCGGGCCCCUCUCGCACAUCCUCGACACCUCCGCCAGCACCCGCUCCGAGAAGGCCGAGAACAUCGCCAAGACCUCCCUGGUCAUGCUGGGCGCCAUCGGCGCCGCCACCCUCGCCGCCCACAAGUUCUGGCCCAAGGGCGUCACCUACGGCGACAAGGAGGACUGGGAGUGCGAGGACAAGUCCAAGAGGGAAAAGGUCAAGGACAAGGUCAAGGAUGUCAAGGCUGCUGUUACCGGUGAGCCGAGGCGGGAUGAGCGUGGUGGGGGUGGAAGUGGCAGCGGCGAUAGGGAUGACGACAGGCGGGACGACAGGCGAGGUAGCGGUGGCAGGGGAGGGGGACGCGACAGGGACAACGACCGCGACCGCGACCGCGACCGCAGCCGAGAACGCAGAGAGCGCUACCUCGAGGAGCGAGAACGCUACGGCCGGCCCAACAUAGCCAGGGACGGCGUCGCCGCAGGCCGCCUGGUCCUGCCCGCAGCAGCAGCAGGCGCAAGGGCGGCGGCGGCGGCGCACCAGGACGACCGGGACCGGAGGAGCAGGAGAAGGGACGAAGACGACAACAACAGGCCACCACCGCCACCCCCUCCACCAGGACCUGGCCCUCGAGACCGCGACAGAGACCGCUACAACGACUACGACCCGCGCGAGUGGCGCGACCGCUACGCCGAGGGCGUCCCACCCCCACCACCACCUCCACCGCCCGGUCCACAGGGCACAACAUACCCAGCGACCCAGCGGCGCGUCGAGCGCGCCUCCGCCGCCGCCGCGGCUGAACAGCGCCCACCACCCCCUCCGGCGGCGCCGAACCCGCCCUCCGUGGCAGCCAGCUACUCGCGGGCCGACGCCGCGCCCGCGCCCGUGGUCAUCUCGACGGGGGGCAGCCGGGACCGGGACGGCAUCAGGAUGGCCGGCCCCCCGCCGACGGGGCGGUACUAUGUCGACCGGGACACGAUUGUGAUCCCCUCGCGGGGCGAGACCGAGUUCAUCGUGAACCGGUCCGGGCCCCCCGGGGCGAGGCUUACUACCGUUGAGAGGGAGGGGCGCAUCUAUCGGGUUUGAUUGUGUGUGUGUGUGUGUGUGUGUGUACACGGUCCGUCUGUCUGGCUGUUCGGCCGUGUUGCUGUUUGGUUACUCUGGCCUGGCCUAUCCCAGCCUGUGGGGGAUGGAUGGACUUACCUACUUACUACUAGCCUUUGUAUUCUCGGGGUUAUCUUGCUGGGUGGGCAUCAUGAGAAUGAGAGUAUACGACUGAAUGAAUUUAUGGGAUGAGGAUAAACCUGCACGUGGACAUGUGCAAACCUAAGGUACGGACGGCAAAGCGGCUCUACGUUUGUUGUUGGUUGAAUUUGUAACUUCAGGGGG